AUGUUUAUGGCAAGGUCGGAAUACGAUCGAGGUAUUAACACCUUCUCCCCCGAAGGCCGCCUCUUCCAAGUUGAAUACUCCCUCGAAGCCAUCAAACUCGGCUCAACCGCCAUCGGCGUCUCCACCUCCGAAGGCGUCAUCCUCGGCGUCGAAAAGCGCGUAACCUCCACCCUCCUCGAGACCUCCUCCGUCGAGAAGAUCGUCGAGAUCGACCGCCACAUCGGCUGCGCCAUGUCCGGGCUCCAGGCCGACGCCCGCUCCAUGGUCGAGCACGCCCGCGUCGAGUGCCAGUCCCACGCCUUCAACUACAACGAGUCGCUGCGCGUCGAGUCGUGCACCCAGGCCAUUUGUGAUCUCGCCCUGCGUUUCGGCGAGGGCGCCGAUGGCGAGGAUCGCGUCAUGAGCAGGCCUUUUGGCGUUGCUUUGUUGAUUGCGGGUAUUGACGAGGAUGGGCCGCAGCUUUUCCAUGCGGAGCCGAGUGGGACUUUUUAUAGGUACGAUGCUAAGGCUAUUGGGUCGGGGUCGGAGGGCGCGCAGGCUGAGCUGCAGAAUGAGUAUCACAAGUCUCUUACCCUCACCGACGCGGAGACUCUCGUCCUCAAAACACUCAAGCAGGUCAUGGAGGAGAAGCUGGAUGCCAAGAAUGUCCAACUCGCCAGCGUCACAAAGGAGAAGGGCUUCAGAAUAUACACCGACGAGGAGAUGGCCGAGGUUGUCCAGCGCCUACCCGCUAACUAG